AGGGCUCUCUUUUUUUCCCCGUUCUUUGAAUCGAAGCUCGAGACAGAGAGAAAGAGCGAGCGAUUGAGAGAUCACGAACCUUUGUCGAUUAACAUGCUAUAGAGUGCCCUUGGCGAUGGCAGACUUGGAGAACUUGCUGCUGCAAGCAGCAGGGAGAACUGGUAGCACGUCUGGGAGGAAGAACAAUUCUCGUCCACAAACAAGAUGGCGGCAGGAAGGUUCAUAUUCUGAUGGAAGUGAUUCCAAUGAUGGCAAUUCUGAUAAUAAGUUUCAGAAAAGGAAGCAAUCACACUUCCCUCUUAAGAAAAGGUUUGACCCUCCUGAGCCAGACAAUAGAAAAAAUUGGGGUGAUGGUGAUGGCAAUGGCGAUGACAGGCUUAGCGGUGAUGACUCUGACAGUGCGCCUUCUGUUGGGAGUGACCUCUACAAAGGUGAUGAGGACAAGGAUGAGCUUGGGAAGAUGUCUGAGCUUGAUAGGGAGAUGAUAUUAUUGGAGCGUAGUGAGAGGGUGGAUGAUUAUAAGCUUAAGCAGCAUUUGAGAGCUUCAUCUUCAAAAAUGGAUAAGAAAGCUAGACAGGAGACUCCUCCCCCUGUGUUAUCCCGUGGUCGUUCUUCUGCCAGGUCUGCUGAUAAAAUGGCUGCCAAGAGUGAUGCAUUGAAUGAAUUGCGUGCCAAGAGGAUGAAACAACAAGAUCCAGAAGCUUAUCAUAAGUUGAGAGAUUCUACCAUCAGAGCAAGUUCCAUCAGCAACGCUGCAAAGCUUUCUUCACCAGCCAAGCCUAAAACUGGAUCGGUCCCAGCUCCCAGCGAUUCUGGUGACAGUGAAGCUGGAGGCAAGAGCGAUGGUGAAGAAGUAUCUCCUGGAGACAAUAAAAGGGACAACUUAGAGGAUGAUGUAUCACCAGGACGGGUGGGUCCCUUGAAGUUUGAAGACGUCAAGGAAAUAACAAUUCGAAGGUCAAAGCUUGCGAAGUGGUGCAUGGAGCCCUUUUUUGAAGAGGUCAUUGUAGGCUGCUUUGUCCGAAUUGGCAUCGGGAAAACUCGGUCUGGCAUUCCCAGGUAUAGGCUCUGUACAGUUCGUAAUGUGGAUGCAACUGACCCAGACCGACAAUACAAGUUGGAGAACUGGACUACCUGUAAAUGGCUCAACUGUGUCUGGGGUAACGAGGCCUCUGCAGCCAGGUGGCAGAUGAUUAUGGUAUCUGACUCGCCACCGCUCGAGGAAGAGUUCAAGGAAUGGGUCCAGGAAGUUGAGCGUGGGGGUGGAAGGAUGCCGACCAGCGGUGAUGUGGAGACAAAGAGGAAAGCUAUUCAAAAGGUAAAUACUUAUGUGUAUUCUGCAGCCACAGUGAAGCAGAUGCUGCAAGAGAAGAAAUCGGCCUCAUCUAGGCGAAUCAAUAUUGCAGCCGAGAAGGACCGGUUGAGAAAAGAGAUGGAGGUUGCACAAAGCCGGAAAGAUGAGACAGAGAUGGAAAGGAUCCGUUCAAGACUGAAGGAGCUCGAGGACAUAUCUCAGCAGUCAAAACAGAAGGAUGCCAAGGCGGUGCGGUUGGCAGAGAUGAACAGGAAGAACAGAGCUGAGAACUUCAAGAAUGCUUCCGGUCUGAAGCCUGUCAACACCAGUCUAAAAGCCGGACAAGCAGGGUAUGACCCCUUCUCGAGGAGGUGGACUAGGUCAAGGAACUAUUACAUAUCAAAACCAGAAGGGACUGGGGACGAAGCGGAGGCGAUUGCAAAUGAUGUGAACAGUGUUGCUGCUGCUAUGGAUUCUAAAGAGAAAAUCACAACAGGAUCAUCCAAUGGAGUGGAGGCAGGGGUGGUGGCGACAGUGGCAGCUCUGGAAGCAGCUGCAGGUGCAGGUAAGUUGGUGGACACAAAUGCGCCUGUGGAUCAGGGGACAGAAUCAAACUCACUGCACAACUUCGAACUACCAAUCUCACUUGCAAGUCUACAGAAGUUUGGAGGUCCUCAAGGUGUCCAACUUGGUUUCCUGGCCAGAAAACAGAAGAUUGAGGCAACUGUUGGAUUUAUGGUUCCAGACAAUGAUGGCAGGAGGCAUCCCUUGACCUUAAGCGUCAGUGACUACAAGCGGCGGAGGGGUCUUCUCUAAAUCUCAACUUAUGAUGCUGACCUUAACAUUCCAUGAAUAUGGGGAUAGCAACUGGGCAAGUUUAAGGCAAGGACUGCCCUCUGGAAUCCACCUCAUCUUUGACUGUGACUCAGACUGGCUGUAUAAUUCAUACAAAUUAUAGAAGUUGGUAUAUGGUUAUCUGUUUCUCCUUUUAAUAUCUGUUUCUUCUGUGCUAGCUUGAAGAAUAUAACUGAAACAGUAGCCUUCUUGCUUAAAAAUUCUCUUGUGAUU